CAAGUCAGAGAGCUAGACUUUUGGGGACGGUCUGCGAGACCCUGCAAGCUGGCUCUUGGCUACUACCUACACUCAGAGCUCGGAGUUUUCUUCUUUUUUCCCUAAUGGAAGGAUAAUCAAGAUAUCCACAUGCACCAUCCAUCAUGAUAAACUUCGACAGAGAUUCAUAAACGAUUCAUGAUUCUGCAGAGAGCUCGAUCCAUCUUUCGAUCCACCAUCACCAUCACCACCAUCAUCUUACGAUACGAUUAUACGGAUACCUGGCAUUGAUCGACUCGUCACGUACCAUCUGUUGUCAACUAGUCAACCAAAGCCGAUCCAUCUGAACCCAAGACGAAGAUCCGGCCAUUCCAGCAUUCCUUGGUCUCUUCGUUUCUUCGAACCUCUCCUCCUCCUCCUCCUCCUCCUCCUCGACGACAAAAAGACGCCGGCACUGAAGUCGACUACCUUCAUUUGUCGUCGCCGUCAUGGCGCCGGCAGACGCCUUCUCCGCCCCAGGCGGCGCAUACUAUGACUCAGAUACCAUGACAGUUGGUGAUGGCACCUGGGACUUUGAGAAAAACACAUUCCUGCUGCCCAAUCUCGCUGGCUUGAACUUCGAGACCAUGCGAUAUAAUGGAAUGGGAAAUCGUUUCUCUACGGUGGCACAAUACCACACCCUCAUCCUCGGCCAUGGCAUUCUCGCCGCCAUGAUCUUCCUCUUCUUCGUCCCCACUGCCGUCUUGAUCGCCCGAUUCUACACAGGCAGGCCUGGCUGGGCUGUCAAGGUCCAUUCCAUGAUGCAGACCACAACCGUGCUUCUCCUCACCGUCGUCUUCGCUCUGGGCUGGUUCGCCGUCGGCCCGCGUCGAAGCUGGACCAACCCUCACCACGCCAUUGGGCUCGCCCUAUAUGUCAUGUUCCUCCUCCAGCUUCUUGGGGGUUGUCUUGUCCCUAGGAAGUAUGGUCGCUCCCUCCGCCGUACCAUCCACCAAUGGAGCGGUCGUCUCAUCGCCCUCCUCGGCAUCGUCCAGGUGCCCCUCGGAUUGACCUUGUACGGCUCUCCACGGUACCUUUUCAUUCUCUUCGCCGUCUGGAUGGCCCUCCUCCUGUUGCUGUACUUCAUCCUCGACUACCGAGCAAGCGAUGAUAGACGACUCGACCGCCGAGGGCGCGGGGCCCACACUGAUGCCUAUGGGGCCCCGUCCGAGCACCGCACCGAAGUAACCGAACGUGAGAAGGAACGCUCCGGCGCGGCGAAAUGGCUUGGACCCUUGGCCGCCGGCGGAGCCCUCUGGGCAUUCAUGCGCCAUCGCAACAACAAGAAAGAACGAGAUGAGAGUCCCGGACGGUCCCGGUCUAGGUCCCGGUCACCGGGCUAUAGUCGUGGUCCCGAGGUCAUUCCGUCCAGACGAGGGUCGGAAAGCUACGUCGACAACGACAAGUACACCGAGGUGGACUCCCGCCGAGAUGGAGACAACGAUAAACGGGGCCCCAUCAUGAAAGGUCUUCUUGGCGUCGGCGCUGCCCUCGGUGCUGGGAAGCUCAUGCAUUCCAUGAUGAACCGCCGGCGGGACAAGAGGGGCUACAACGACGAGUACUCUGCCGUUUCGACCGAGACCCCCCGCCGGGACAGGGUUGGCAGAUUCGGCCCAGAACCGAGCGAGUACAGCGACUACACGGUGACCACUCGUCAUGAUCCUGGGAGAGGCCCCGGCCUGCCGCCUCCCGGCAAUGCGCCGCCCAUGACCGGCGCCCCCAGUGCUGCGGAUGAACGUCGCGCCCGCGGGCCAGUGACACCACUGCGGUCGCAUGCAAGAUCCCAAUCCGGAUAUGACAUGGUAGAAUCGGACUACUCCUCUUACGUGAGCCCGUCGAGGCGUCAGGACGAUACCCAGCGUAGUGGCCGGGGAGGUGCGGCUCAAGGUGUUCUGGCCGGCCUGGGCCUCGGCUGGUUGGCUAAGAAAUGGUCGGAUCGCAAGAACGAUCGGGCUGGUGAACGGCGGAUGCGAGAUGAAGAGGACCAACGAACCGGCGUUAUGGGAUCGAGAUUCACCGGUGACGGCUACUCUUCCCCAUCACGGGUUCCCAGGCACUCUCGGAGGAGGCCUUCAGCGCGACCCCCACCGUCCACUCUCGGACCUUCGACACUCGGCCCCUCCACCCUCGGAACCACAGUCACAGGCAUGACGGAGACAUCGUCCCAGUUCGAGCCUCGGCCGGCCGCUUCGGGAUACAGUAGCGGGCCUCCCAUGCCUCCCCUGGCGGCGGGAGCCCUACCGCCUGGCCCACCGCCUGGCCCACCACCAGCACCCGGCUCAUACAUGAGGAGGACAGGUGCUUCGGGCCCUGGAUACUAUCCUGCCGGGCCAGUCGAAAUACCCGCCGUGCCUUCCGGCUCACGCGGCGCACCCCCACACCGAGACUCGGAAGGCGAAUCCUACUUGUCCCCCAGCGGAUACGCACAGCGACGCCAAUCAUCCCGCAGGCGACGCACCGCAGAACGCGCCGCAGCGGCUGCCGCGGCCAGCGCCUCAUUGCUUGCCGCAGAGGAAGAGGACCGGCGCAAGGCCGACGCGCAACGAAGCGGCUACUCACCCGGCAGGUCCAUGAGCGUCAAGGUCAAGGUCCACGACGACAAGGACCGGAACAUGACACUGCGGAGGCUAACAGACGAGGAAGCGGCCACUGAGAGGACGCAGCGCGGCAGGAGACGAAACGGCUCCACGAGCAGUCUGUCCAGCAUCGACACGCUGACCGGGCGACGAUACCGCCGCGAUGGAAGCCAGAGGCCCAGGGCCGAACCGCCCCCCGGUGCCGCCCCUUACGUCCCCGCCGCGCCCUCAGCACCCCCCUCGGUCCAUUCAGUCCUUCCACCCCUGACGGCCGGUUCGGGCCCACUCCCACCACCACCCGACCCCUCCGCGGCAGCCGGCGGCGGCCAGCAAAAAGACUCGGCCUACUACUCGGGCCAGCCACCGCCGCAAACGCCAGUCGGCGGCCCCGAACCACCACCGCCGUUCAACCUCGACAGCCCCGGAAGCCAUGGGACCUGGAGCGGCAUGAGCCCGUCGUCCGGCGGAGCAGCAAGACCACCCACGGCGUCUGGGGAGGCCAAGCGCGCCCCGUCGGCGGCGGCGGAUAACCGGCGCAGGCGGAGGUUGGAGAGGAGGCGGAGCACGAGCCGGCCUACCGCGGUGGGACCCGACAUGUUUGACUAGGAGGCGACCCGACCCGGGCGACGCGGGCUCACGACGAGCGGCCGCGGUGGCGGGAGUGAGUGAGCCCUUGGAGGGGGGUCGUGGAGUUAUUGACAGGAACUGUGAAGAAGACUGUGCGAAGAAGACCUGAAAAGGGGGAGAGGGAGGUUUCUGUCAUGUAAUUAUUCAUGUCAUGGAUGAUGAGAACAAUCAAGGCGUUGGCGCCAGGGUGGGAUUUUUUGCUCCGUCGGAUUUUGUAUCCGGUUCACGUUAUUCCUCGCUACCUACCUACCUACCUACCUAUCCAUCUUUGCCCCCUUUGCCAUCACUUCACCGUCGUGGGAGGAUGAAUAGUGAAUGUCUACUUGACGAGAAGAAACCAAUGCGUAUAUAGAUGGUCCUAUCAUGACUGCGUAUAUUGUGAAAUUAAAUUUGAGACCCGUUCUCUUAUUGAUGAUGCCC